AUGGCGGAGGGAAGCGGAUCUCGGGGAGGAGCUCCCUCUCGUUCCUCGACGCGCGCCUCCGAGGCAGGUGGCGCUGCAUUUGUGCAUGCAGGCCGUCGCAGUUUAUUGGGCCGCACUACAGACACCUCUUCAGCCGACUCAUUCUUUGCAGCUGAGCCGCCUCCCCCGAAUGUCGCCACUGCGGGGCUCCGUGUGCGGCAGUUUGUGCGGCCGCUGCUGGAGAAUGAGGAGCUGAAGGAGGCCAAACUAGCCUUCAUCACGGCAGGGGGCACAGAUGUUCCUUUAGAGAGGGAGGCCGUACGGUAUAUAACCAACACGAGUUCGGGGGCACGAGGUGCCGCUCUGUGUGAGCAGUUGUUGCGUUUGGGCUAUUACGUUGUGUACCUCACUUCCGUCCGAGCUAUGAAGCCCUUCGUACGGCACCUGCUGCCCACACACCCGAUGCCUCACAUGCUCGACUUCAUCUCUCUCUGCACCGUGCAGCACCAGCAGAAAGAGGAGGGGCAGGAGGAGGAGGUAGAGGAGGAGGAGCAGCAGCCGCAGCCGAUAGUUGAGGAGCCUUCUUCAGACACGGAUGCGUCUGAGUGCGAGGAGGGCGUUUCGAGUCCAUCGCCGCCUCCUUCUUCUCGCCAUUUGGCAUGUCAGACAUUUUCUGCGGUGUACGAGGCGGAGGAAGAACCAGACGCGCAAGUUGUUACAUCAGUGGGCUCAGUUCUCAAAAGCAGCGACCAACCAACAGAUGAGAACGCACCUGCUGAGGCGGAGCCUGCAUCAGCUUCCCCUUCAGCUGACGCAGGAGAAGUAGCAGCAGCAGAAGCAGCAGCAACAGCAGCCGCAGCAGAAGAUUCAGCUGGCGGCGAGCUGCCUUGGCGUGUGGUUUUGAGGGGACCGUUCGAUACGGAGAAGGGGGACGAAGAGGAGGCAGCGGAUUCAUCGGGUUGGGAGUUCGAUGUGCGAGAGGCUGCGGCUGCCUUGGAGCUGUACAGACACUGCAAAAGUCGGCUGUUGUGCAUCACCUACCGCACCCUCGUGGACUACGCGUUCAUUGUGCGCGCAGUUGCAGCGGGGGCGGCACCUCUUCGCGAGCGACUGAUGUUUUGUUCUGCUGCUGCUGUAGCAGACUUUUAUUUGCCAUACGCCGUCAUGUCGCCCCACAAGCUCAAAACACAGCAGCAGCAGCAGCAGCUGGCGCAGCGCCCCGCCGCUGCAGCAGCAGAAGGUGCGGACACAGCGGGGCCUCGAGAUAUGCACAGGGGGUCAUCGCGCUGGGGUUCCUUUGCUGCUGCCACGCAACCGAAACGCUGGUUCACUGGGGAGGCCGAGGUAGCGGACACAGCAGGAACAGCACCAGGAGAGACAAGAGAGGGGCCGCAGCAGCAGCAGCUUCAGCACCAGCACAGCAGCCACCACCACCUGACACUGCGUUUGUGGGUUGCCCCAAAGGUGUUGUCUGUGGUGCGUAGUGUAGCGCCUGAGUGUUUUGUGGUCGCUUUCAAGUUGGAGACAGACGCGGCGCACCUGCAGGAGUGUGCAGCGCUGUAUUUGGAGCCCGGCGACAGCAGCAGCAGCAGCAGCAGCAGCAGCAGCGGCCAUGGGAUGGCGGACUGCGUCGUAGGGAAUGUGCUCAGCUCGCGCCGCCAGACCGCCAUCCUCUUCACGAAAGGAGGCCAAAGACAAAUCAGCUUCAAAGGAAAACGCUCGCAUAAAUACUUUGGGCACGGGACGAUUGAGGCGCGUCUGGCCAAACACCUAUUAAAGCUGCAGACUCUGAAGCUUAAGGAGGCGUUCCUAUGA